AUGCCUGCAGGGCUGGCGUCCACAGAGCUGAGGGGAAAGGAAGUCCUCAGAGGGGAGAAGUGCCCCAAAACGGUCACUGCCCUGGAGAGGCAGGUGUUCGACUUCCUGGGCUACCAGUGGGUGCCCAUCCUGGCCACCUUCGUCCACAUUGUAGUGGUCAUCCUGGGGCUCUUCGGCACCAUCCAGUACCGGCCUCGUUAUAUCGUGGUGUACGCUGUGUGGGCAGCCGCCUGGAUCACCUGGAACAUCUUCAUUAUCUGCUUCUACUUGGAAGUGGGAGGCCUCUCCAAGGACAGCAAGCUCCUGACUUUCAACCUCUCCCGGCACCGCUCCUGGUGGCGUGAGCAUGGCCCAGGUUGUCUGCGAGAGGAGCCAGCAGCUGGCCUGGGCCCUCUAGACAGCCAGGCCCCAGUGCCAGGCAUCGGCUGCACCCUGGAGCAUGGCUACGUGGAGGCCCUGCACAGCACCCUGCAGAUCCUGGUGGCGCUCCUGGGCUUCAUCUGUGCCUGUUAUGUGGUCAGUGUUUUCACCGAGGAGGAGGACAGCUUUGAUUUCAUUGGUGGAUUUGACCCAUUUCCACUCUACCAUGUCAAUGAAAAGUCUUCCAGCCUCUUGUUCCAGCAGGCGUACCUGCCUGCGUAAGUGAAGGAGCGCCCACCCCCUCCUGUGACCCCGCCAGCCUCAGUGACCCACUGCAGAUGGUGAGCAGACGCCAGGUAGUGGAACGCACUGGGCCUUCCUGCCCCAGGGGCCCUGCAGGGGCUGAGCACC